AUGGUUGCAACAAACGGUGUUGCCGGCCCGAAGGGCACUUUCCUUUUCACCUCCGAAUCCGUCGGCGAGGGCCAUCCCGACAAGAUUGCCGACCAGGUGUCGGACGCCAUCCUCGAUGCCUGCCUCAAGGACGACCCGCUGUCGAAGGUCGCCUGCGAGACGGCCACCAAGACCGGCAUGAUCAUGGUGUUUGGCGAGAUCACGACCAAGUCGCGCAUCGACUACCAAAAGGUCAUCCGCAACGCCAUCAAAGACAUCGGGUACGACGACUCGAGCAAGGGCUUCGACUACAAGACUUGCAACGUGCUCGUCGCCAUUGAAGAGCAGAGUGCCGAUAUCGCUCAGGGCUUGCAUUACGAGGAGGCGCUCGAGAAGCUGGGCGCCGGUGAUCAGGGUAUCAUGUUUGGCUAUGCCACUGAUGAGACCCCUGAAUACCUGCCCUUGACCAUCCUCCUCGCCCACAAGCUCAACUCGGCAAUGAAGGCCGCUCGCAAUGACGGCUCUCUCCCGUGGCUUCGACCUGACACCAAGACGCAAGUCACGGUCGAGUACGAGCAUGACGGCGGUGCUGUCGUUCCCAGGAGAGUCGACACUGUGGUUGUGAGCGCACAGCACAGCCCCGACAUCACCACCGAGCAGCUCCGUAAGGAGAUCAAGGAGAAGAUCAUCAAGAAGGUCAUCCCCGCCAAGUACCUCGAUGACAAGACUGUCUACCACAUCCAACCGUCUGGGCUGUUCAUCAUCGGUGGACCUCAAGGUGACGCCGGUCUCACUGGCCGCAAGAUCAUCGUCGACACCUACGGCGGCUGGGGCGCCCACGGUGGAGGUGCCUUCUCCGGCAAGGACUACAGCAAAGUCGACCGCUCCGCCGCCUACCUCGCCCGCUGGAUCGCGAAAUCCCUCGUCCACGCCGGCCUCGCUCGCCGCGCUCUCGUCCAGCUGUCCUACGCCAUCGGUGUCGCGGAGCCGCUCUCCCUCUUCGUCGAAACGUACGGCACGUCGUCCAAGACCUCCGACGAGCUCGUCGCAAUCAUCCGCAAGAACUUCGACAUGCGGCCGGGUGUCAUCGUCAAGGAGCUCGACCUCAUCAGGCCCAUCUACAACCAGACGGCGAAGAACGGGCAUUUCACCAACCAGGACUUCAACUGGGAGAAGCCGAAGAAGCUCACCGUCUAA